AUGAGACUCUCGCCUUAUGACUGGCGCCGCCAGGCUGAGCCCAUCCCACAACCUACCCGUGUCAAUCUCGGACCUCUCACUACUGUCUUCGUCCCGCCACCAUACUGCUCGCGCGCCGCCCUUGCCGGCUCGCAGGCUGUCCUCGGACAAUCAUGUAACCCAGUCGAUGACAAAACCGCCUCUGCAGCCGACGACACAGGAUGCUGGCCGCGCGCAACAGCUUAUCCUUCUGCAGCCAAACUCAAACUCGCCGGUCUCGGUUUCUAUUCGCCAGGCCUGACAUGUCCGCAAGGCCACUACAGCGCAUGCACGGCGAUCUCGACAUCAAUAGGUCAAACAGCUGCGCCGCCCCAGGUCACAGGAAACUUCCAAUUUCCCCUGGCAGCGGGCGAGACAGCAAUUGGGUGCUGUCCCACCGGAUACACGUGUGGUGCGAAUGGCGGAUUCCAGACUUGCCACCAGGUGGCUACGCAGACGAGCUUCGAUGCCAUGACAUGCAGUGGGCUGUCGGGCAGUAAUUUGGAUGGCUUUCAGGUGCCGAUGACUAUGAACGGGGAGACAGUCGCGACGAUGGAUCUAUACGCGCCGAUGUUUCAAAUCAACCAUAUGGCGACAGAUCUACCAAAGACUACAAGUGAAGCGAGUGCAACUUCGGAGGCGACUGUAGGAAAUACGCAGGCCACGGAGGCAAGCAGCUCGAGGACGAAGAGCAAUGUGACGGCUUCGGUUACGGCUUCAGCAACUGCCACGGCUACAGAUGAGGCCGUGAAGGUGGACAACAUCGAGACCGAAGAGGCUGAAACAAGCACAAAGGCGACGAAGACUAGAAUGAGCGCAUCAACUUCCGCAUCCAAUACCGAUGAGGUUGUCAAAGUCAAGGACGUUAACGAGGAAAUCCCGACCAAUACAUCAAGCGAAGAGGAGUCGACUUCGAAAGCUACCAAGACAGCUUCUGCGGCAGAGAAAUCAGGCAAAGCAACUGUCACGGACGCUUCUUCAUCAUCCCCCGUUCCAACCAUCGACUGGAGCUCCCCAGACCCGACCCUCGGCGUAGGAGCACCAGCAGGCCAAGCAGCCACCGAGGGCAUCGUUUUCGAUACCCGACUACCACCGUCCAUGGCAAGCACUCUGCUCCCCUCACCCACAGUCAGCGCGGCGGCGGCAGACGCCACAGCUUCAUCAGCACCCGAGUCUACUUCAACCAGCUUCUCAACAGGCGCUAAAGUCGGUGUAGCUUGUGCACCACUCGCAGGCGCCGCUCUGAUCCUCCUCGGCAUAUUUUACUAUAAGCGCAGAAGGCCAAAUGCUGGAAGCUACAAAGAGGGUGACGCCAAAUCCAUUUCGUCCGACAGCUCAGGACCAAGCACAUACCAGAGCACGUACUUUGGAGGCAACACCAGCACUGUGCAGGUUGACCAAGCUGGUGUCAACAAUAUGAACACUUAUCCUCCACCCGUUCACAACUCGCCCUACAAUGAGGACCACGGCGAGCACGAGAUGGCUAUGAACGGCCCGGGCCCAGCGGUUAUCGCACCAGCCGGCUAUGGACAGCCGGCCAAUAAGAUGACACCCGCCGACUUCUACGCCAACCCCUGGACCGAGAAGGACGAGUACGAGACGCGGCCUUUCGAGACCGCUGCGUCGCGCUUCAAGCAUGCGCACUCACUUUCCAACGACGCUGAGAGCAUCGAAUCCCCAAUCGACGGUGCAUCCCCCUUUCGACUCAAGCGCAAGAGCACGCUAAAAGGCCGCAACAAGCUCGAGAAGCGCAUCACAGGCCAGGCCAACGAACGCCACGUCUCGAUGGAAGGCUCGAUAGUGACGGAGAACCCGGACCGCGAUUCAGCGGAGCAUCCGCGCUCGUCGCAAGAGAGCACGGAGUGGGACGAAAAGGGGACACUACAGAGAUCAACCUCUUUCUCUCGACCUAGACCUAGGCCGAAGACAGCGGCGAGCAGUGUGUACCCGGAUGACAGGGAUAGUAUCAUGAGUUGGGACGCAGCGAUGGCGCCGGACAUGCCUGACAAGCCGCUGCCAUCGAUACCCGAAAAGGGUGGCCUAGAUAGGAGUAAGAGCUUUUCGCGCCCGCGGCCGAAGAGGGAUGAGAGCGCGGAUACGCUGGUGGAAGUGGAAGGCGAAGGUAGGGCGACAACACCAGUGCCUAAGGGCGUGCUUGCGCCUCCUGUGACGGCGGAGGGUGUGUCUUUCUAG